CUUAUUGACACUGUGGUCGGAGAAGCCGACGAGUGGUUCGUCCCACGCCCCUGAAACAAACAGACGCCCCUACGCCGCUUUCGCUUGCUAGGCCCUGAUGGAGGAGGAGCUCUCGGAGACGUUCGAGGCUGCAAAAAAGGCGGCGGAGCAGGUCCAGACCGGCGGGGAGUGCACGGAGGUUGAACGAUGUGUCAGUGCGCUUCGGAGGCUGAAGAAGAUACCGGUGACCACGAAGGAUUUGGUGGCCACUCAGGUUGGCAAAAAACUUCGCCUUCUGACAAAACAUUCCCAUGAUGAGAUUCGGACUGUGGCAAAUGAUUUAUUUCAGUUCUGGAAGAAACUAGUGGUUCAGGAGGCAUCAAAAGAUAAUAAGAAAUCUGAAGCCUCGGAGGGAAAAAAUAUUCCAAAGGUUGAAAAGGACACUGAGCGAGCAAUGAAACUUAAUGCGGACAGGAUUCCAAAAGCUGCAUCAACAGAGAGCAACAUUGUUUCAAAAUUUGAAUGUGUUGAAGCUGGUAGGGUAGACUGUGACGGGGAAAAACAGAAUAGCAGAAUGUGCAAACAAGGAUCUGCCAAAUUAGAGAAUACCAAUUCUAGUAAAUUUGGGCACACAAACACUGGAGAAUCAAACAAGAGGGAUGGUUUCUCCACGGAUGAGAGUGCAGAAUAUAUUUCAAAGAAACCUCGAUUAGGCAGUGGCUCAUUGAAGCUGUCUUCAAUGGUAAAGUGUAACAAUCCUGCACGUGAUAAGAUCCGAGAGCUUAUUGCAGAAGCCUUUGCGCGAGUUUCUAAGGAAACAGCUGAGAGCAAAUUAGAUGAAGUGAGGAACAUCCUGGAUGAAGUUGAUGCAUCUGACCCUAUUCGUGUAGCUGUGUCUAUGGAAUCUGCUUUAUUUGAGAAGUUAGGCCUCUCAACUGGUUCUCAAAAACACAAAUACAGGUCUAUAAUGUUCAAUUUGAGGGACAACAAUAACAAAGACUUCCGACGAAGAGUCCUCCUUGGUCUUGUAAAGCCACAGGACAUAGUUACUUUGGCUCCAGAAGACAUGGCUAGCGACGAGAGGAAACAGGUGAAUAGACAGAUAAAAGAGAAGGCCUUGUUUGAAUGUGAAAGAGGAUCAGCUCCUAAAGCAACGACCGAUCAGUUCAAAUGCGGGCGGUGUGGGCAAAGGAAGACCACAUACUAUCAAUUGCAAACACGUUCCGCUGAUGAACCAAUGACUACUUUUGUAACUUGUGUAAACUGCAACAACCAUUGGAAGUUCUGUUAAUGAAUCAA